AUGAUAAUUGGAAUUGUCUGCAGCGCCCAUGUAUACUAUCAUGAUAUGGGAGGGCAAGGUUGGCUCAAAUUGAAGCGGAGAAGUCAAGAACGAUUUGGCCAAGUACAGAGCUUUUCGGAAGUCUGUCUGCCAUCAAGACAGUUGGAACACUACAAUCCGAUGUUCGCGUUGAGUCCAAGAAUGCCAGCCACUGUACCUUGGUACACCUGCGGGGAUCAGCAAAACAGUUGUGAAGCAUACGCUCAUCCAGAGAUUUGCUGUCCUCAAGGCAUGAUCUGUCGACCUACAACUCACACGACUUCAGGUAUAUACUGUUGCAAUGGAACGUUAUCACAUUCCAAUUGCCGUCUCUUAAGAGCGCAUGCAAGAUGUAGGCCCAAUUACUUUGAAUGCCCAGGAGACAUGGGAGGAGGUUGUUGCCCUAAUUCGACAACUUGUUACAGAGAUCAAUGUAUUCCGGUGUUCAAACAACCAUCCCCCGUUCGGCCGUCAAAUGGACCAACAGUGACACCCUGGCCAGCUGGUCCAGUACCAAGAGAAGGGGAAAUAGCGCAAGGAUCACGUCUGAUCAUAUCGUCAUUUUGGCGUGCUGGUUAUCCUUUUUUGGCGUUGGGUUUCUUAGUCUUUAUUGGUGUCAUGAUGGGGAUGCUCUGA